AUGUCGUUUGUCGUCGCUUCUUCCGAUGCCCAACAACGAUCGUCGAAUAAUUGUGCGUUGAUGACGAGCUGCGCUGUGGAGAAGUGUCUGGAUUCUGGAAUGGUUCGAAAGAUCAUUGAAGAGUCGCCGAGAGAGGAGGUGUUUGGGAAUCUCGUCGAGAAAUUUGAUAUGGUUUGCAUUGCGGCCAAAUGCGGAAAUGAGUGCUCACAAUGCAAGCAUUGUCAUUAUGCUCUGGAACAGAUGGCGGCGUUGGCGCAGGGCGAGAAAACUUCCGGCUUAUGCCCGAAAUUGGAGAGUUGCGUGUUCAAUUGUCUCGCUGCCGAUGUUGAAAAGGUGUUGUCAUGUGUGGCGAAACAAUGUAAUGUACACUGCUAUGAUGGCGACUGUCCUUCUUGCCGAAUGAUCUCGCGGAAAAUAUUUUCGCUGAUCUGCAAACGCAAUUCGAUGGUCGCCCAGCCGAAUAUUAAUUACAACGGCACUUGUCCGAAUUUGUUCAUGGAAAUGGCUGAUGAUUAUGUGGCGAGGAAGAAGCGCGUCAUUUAG